UACCGGACCCGUAGUUUUUUCUCCAUUUUGUCUUAAGCGGUCGGCGGUACUUGUUUGCAGAGUCCCGGGGAGAAGGCUAGAGAGUGCUUUUCCCGCCUCACAGCCAAUGGUCGGAGCCUCCAGUGGUGCUCACAACGCACAGGUGGGAUUGAAGCUCGGAGUCGCCACCAGACCCGCCCAGGGCCGGGACAGGGACCGCCAUUCCUGCAGCGGCUUCUGCUCCCGCCCCGCUCCGACUACCGAGUGCCAUGGAGGCGCCGGUGCUGAGGAGACGGGCUGAGGUUGGCGUGACCUUUGAGGACAUUGCCCUGUACUUCUCCAGGAAGGAAUGGAGCCUCUUAGAUGAGGGUCAGAGACAGCUGUACCUGAAUGUGAUGCUGGAGAACUUUGAACUAAUAUCCUCGCUGGGUUGCUGCUGUGGAGAAGAGAAUGUGGAGGCCACGACUGAACAAAAGAUUUCUAUUAGAUUUUCACAGGCAAGGAAUCCCAAGUUACCGUUGUCUUCCCAGAAGAGCCACCCCUGUGAGAAUUGUGGGCUAGUCCUGGGAAACAUUUUCCGCGUGAUGGAGCUGCAGGGAACACAACACAGACGGAUACUGUUGAGGUGUGGAGCGUGUGCAAAAACAUUUUCGUUGUGUGCAACAUUUCACCAGCAGCAUGUGAGAGAACAGACUUACAUUAGAGGUUUGGAAAGGAUGUCACUUGCCAACAGCUGCAAUUUCAAUGUGUCCCAGAAUCAUUUCACCUGUGGGGAGGUUGGGCAGAGUGUCCUUACUGAAUCUGGACAUCUCCACCUACAGGCUUCUCAGACCAGGGACAGUCCAACUGCUAUUUUGAUGCGUGGGAUGACGUUUCAAAGUAGAAAAAACUAUCUCAGCAGAAAAGAAUGUAAGAAAGACAUUAGUUGCAGCCAAACAUUUAUUCAGGAAAAAGAUUUCCAUCUUGGAAGUGGGUGUUGUGUGCGCUCUGAAUGUGGAAAAUAUUUUACCCAAUUUUCUAGCUUUCAUUAUCAACAGAGAGGUCACACUGGAGAAAAGCAUUACAAAUGCAAUGAAUGUGGGAAAUCUUUUACCGCUAAGAACAUCCUUCAGCAACAUCAGAGAGUUCAUAUGGGAGAAAAGCCUUAUAAAUGCAGUGAAUAUAAGAAGUCUUUUACUCAGAGCACUACCCUUCGUUUUCAUCAGAGAGUUCACACUGGAGGAAAACCUUAUCAAUGCAGUGAAUGUGGCAAAGCUUUUACCACUAAGACCCACCUUAAUCGACAUCUGAGACUUCAUACAGGAGAAAAGCCAUAUCAAUGCAGUGAAUGUGGAAACUCUUUUACCACUAAAUCCGUCCUUGAUCAACAUCAGAGAGUUCAUACGGGAGAAAAGCCUUAUAAAUGCAGUGAAUGUGGAAAAUCAUAUAAAAGUAGCAAAGGGCUCCAAUAUCAUCAGACAGUUCACACUGGAGAAAAGCCUUUUCAGUGCAAUGAAUGUGGAAAAUCUUUUUCUGCUAACACAGACCUUCAUAAACAUCAGAGAGUUCAUACGGGAGAAAAGCCUUAUCAAUGCAGUGAAUGUGGAAAAUCUUUUACCACUAAAAGCAUCCUUGAUCGACAUCAGAGAGUUCAUACGGGAGAAAAGCCUUAUAAAUGCACUGAAUGUGUGAAAUCUUUUAAAAGCAGUAGUGGUCUUCAGUAUCAUCAGAGAGUUCACACUGGAGAAAAAAAACCUUAUCAGUGUCGUGAAUGUGGAAAAUCUUUUACCCGGAGCACUACCCUUCGUAUUCAUCAGAGAGUUCAUACGGGAGAAAAGCCUUAUAAAUGUUUUGAGUGUGGGAAAUCUUUUUCCCGGAGCACUUACCUUCAUUACCAUCAGAGAGUUCACACUGGAGAAAAGCCUUAUCAAUGCAGUGAGUGUGGGAAAUCUUUUACCACUAAAACCAUCCGUGAUCGACAUCAGGUAGUUCAUGCAGGAGAAAAGCCUUAUCGGUGUAGUGAAUGUGGGAAAUCUUUUACCCGGAGCACUACCCUUCGUAUUCAUCAGAGAGUUCAUACGGGAGAAAAGCCUUAUAAAUGUUUUGAGUGUGGGAAAUCUUUUUCCCGGAGCACUUACCUUCGUUACCAUCAGGUAGUUCAUAGAGGAGAAAAGCCUUAUAAAUGCAGUGAAUGUGGAAAAUCUUUUACCCAGAGCGGUAAUCUUCGUUUUCAUCAGAGAGUUCAUACAGGAGAAAAGCCAUAUCAAUGCAGUGAAUGUGGAAAAUCUUUUACCACUAAAACCAUCCAUGAUCGACAUCAGAGAGUUCAUACAGGAGAAAAGCCUUAUAAAUGCAGUGAAUGUGGAAAACCUUUUAAGUGUAGAAAAAGUCUCCUAUAUCAUCAGAGAGUUCACACUGGAGAAAAGCCUUAUCAAUGCAGUGAGUGUGGCAAAUCUUUUACCAUUAAGUCUGGCCUUCAUCGUCAUCAGAGUGUUCAUACUGGAGAAAAGCCUUAUCAAUGCAGUGAGUGUGGCAAAUCUUUUACCAUUAAGUCUGCCCUUCAUCUUCAUCAGAGAGUUCAUACAGGAGAAAAGCCAUAUCAAUGCAGCGAAUGUGGAAAAUCUUUUACCACUAAAACCAUCCAUGAUCGACAUCAGAGAGUUCAUACAGGAGAAAAGCCAUAUCAAUGCAGUGAAUGUGGAAAAUCUUUUACCACUAAAACCAUCCUUGAUCAACAUCAGAGAGUUCAUACGGGAGAAAAGCCUUAUAAAUGCACUGAAUGUGGGAAUUCUUUUAAAAGGAGCAGUGGUCUUCAGUAUCAUCAGAGAGUUCACACUGGAGAAAUUUUCUCUCCAUUUUGUCUUAAGCGGUCGGCGGUACUUGGUUGCGGAGUCCCCUGGAGAAGGCUGGAGAGUGGUCGUCCCCGCCUCACAGCCCAUGGUCGGACCCUCCAGUGGUGCUCACAGCGCACACGUGGGAUUGAAGCUCGGAGUCGCCACCAGACCCGCCCCAGGGCCCGGACAGGGACCGCCAUUCCUGCAGCGGCUUCUGCUCCCGCCCCGCUCCUCCCACCGAGUGCAAUGGAGGCGCCGGUGCUGAGGAGACGGGCUGAGGUUGGCGUGACCUUUGAGGACAUUGCCCUGUUCUUCUCCAGGGAGGAAUGGAGCCUCCUUGAUGAGGGUCAGAGACAGCUGUACCUGAAUGUGAUGCUGGAGAACUUUGAACUUAUGUCCUCGCUGGGUUGCUGCUGUGGAGGAGAAAACGUGGAGGAAAUGACUGAACAGAAGGUUUCUGUAAGAUUGUCACAGGCAAGGAAUCCCAAGUUAGCCUUGUCUUCCCAGAAGAGCCACCCCUGUGAGAGUUGUGGGCUGGUCUUGGGAAACAUUUUCCACAUGAUGGAGCUGCAGGGAACACAACAUGGACAAAUACUGUUGAGGCGUGGGGCAUGUGCAAAACAAUUUUUUGUCCAGGCAAAAUUUCACCAGCAGCAUGUGAAAGAGAAAUCUUUCACUAGAAGUGUGGACAGGAUCUCACUUGCAAACAGCUGCAAUUUCAAUGUAUCCCAGAAUCGUUUCACGUGCGGGAAUUUUGGGCAGGGUGUCCUUAUGGGGUCAGUACAUCUCCACCCCAAGGCUACUCAGACCAGGGACAGUCCAACCACAAUUUCGACGUGUGGGAUGCCUUUUAAAAGUACAAAAAAUUAUUACAGUAGAAAAGAUUGUAAGGAAGACAUUAGUUGCACCCACACAUUUAUUCAGGAAAAAGAUGUCCAUCUUGGAAGUCGGCGUUUUCUGUCCUCUGAAUGUGGAAAAUAUUUUUCCAAAUGUUGUAGCUUUCAUUAUCAACAGAGAGGUCACACUCAAGAAAAGCCUUAUCAAUGCAGUGAAUGUGGAAAAUCUUUUAUCUCUAAGAUGAUCCUUCAUCGACAUCAAAGAGUUCACACAGGAGAAAAGCCUUAUAAAUGCAGUGAAUGUGGAAAAUCUUUUGCACGGAGCGAUGCCCUUCGUGAUCAUCAGAGAGUUCAUACAGGAGAGAAGCCUUAUAAAUGCAGUGAAUGUGGAAAAUCUUUUGCACGGAGCAAUGCCCUUCGUGAUCAUCAGAGAGUUCACACUGUAGAAAAGUCUUAUCAGUGCAGUGAAUGUGGAAAAUCUUUUGCAUGGAGCCAUGCCCUUCAUUAUCAUCAGAGAGUUCACACUGGAGAAAAGCCUUAUCAAUGCAAUGAAUGUGGAAAAUCUUUUACCACUAAGGCUAAUGUUCGUCGACAUCAGAGAGUUCAUAUGGGAGAAAAGCCUUUUCAGUGCAGUGAAUGUGGAAAAUCUUUUGCAUGGAGCCAUGCCCUUCAUUAUCAUCAGAGAGUUCACACUGGAGAAAAGCCUUAUCAAUGCAAUGAAUGUGGAAAAUCUUUUACCGCUAAGACUCUCCUUCAUCAACAUCAGAGAGUUCAUACAGGAGAAAAGCCUUAUGAAUGCACUGAAUGUGGGAAAUCUUAUAAAGGUAAAAGUGGUCUCCAUUAUCAUCAGAGAGUUCACACUGGAGAAAGCCAUUAUGAGUGCAAUUAAUGUGAGGUUUCUCUCAGCCAUAUUUCUAUAUUCACUGUUCGCAUAAGAGUACAAAUGGGAGAAAUUUCUUUGAUGUGUAGGAAAUGUACUUUCUUAGUUAGGACUUAACAUUAGUACAACAAAAUUUGUGAAUCCUCAUUUUUCUGAAUUGUAUCUCAUAUAUUUAAUCACCUAUAUUAUGUAAAGUUCCCAUAAGUGUUUUUGCUAUUGUGUUUGUGUGUUUUUAUGUUGGAACACUAUGUAAUUAUCUUGAACGUUCUAAUAUACAGGAUGUCCUGCCAGAUCUAUGUCCCUGCACAUUUCUGUUGCUGAAGGUAUUUCAUCUGAACCACCUAUAAGAUCUCUACAAACGCCGUCAAUCACCAUCCUCAUGUGCCCAGGGAAGCUAAGUCUGUUGUCUAAUUUGUUGAAGAAAAUGAGGAAUACCUGAGCCC